CAAGCACCCACGAGCCUGUAAACAUAGACCAGAAUCGUCAUAAUUUUUACCUGUAGGAAACUUAUAGGAGAUUAGACCUACUCAGUUCGGUGUUGAGGGAUUUAAUAACUUUAGUCUUGCUAGGAUAGACUGUCUCGGUGUGUUUUCUACCUAAGAAUUAUUUCUUAACUUUGAUUAACAUCAUUUAGUUUGUAGAAGAAGUCCCUCUUUACACAGCAGCCCCCAGGAUGGAGUAUUUGGGCCACACCCAGACAGCUACCUACAUGACAGGUCCCAGACUUGGAGGAAGCAACCCUCAAACCUUCCUGCCAAGUAUAAGCACAAUGCAGUCCUCCUACAAGUCUUACGACACAUACCCCGCCCCCUCUCCACUCAGGAGGUCCCUAACAACUCUCCCCUUUAGGCCUAGCACUUAUUACCAAACCGCCAGGGUCAAUCCAAGUUCAGCGCUCACAAGAAGUGUUCCAGAACCUUUCUCAGCAAAGAAUCAGCUCUCUGAUUUGGACAAUGUUAAAGUUCCCCCAGUGUUUGCUGCAGCCAGAAAUGCUUUGUACACAAGGUACACACCAAAUGACUGGAUGAGUUCAAACCAAGGAAACUACUUGGCGUCCGAUAAAGUGAGGAGUAUGGCCGAGCGCCUGAGGUUGGACACCGUCCGUCUGUGCAGAGAAACAGACGACAAGACAAAGAGAACCCAGAGCGAUGUCGGAAAGAGGCUCGGAGAGAGAUUGGGAGACAUCCAGUUCUGGAAGACCGAGGUCCAACACGAGACCGAUAACAUGAUCACUGAGAUUAACGCUCUCCAGGAGGCCAAGAGGGUGCUCGAGAAGGCCUUGGCAGAGACCGAGAAUCCCCUCCACAUCUCCCAGGAAUGUCUCUACCACAGGGAGAAGAGGCAGGCUAUCGAUUUGGUGCACGAUAACCCAGAACGAGAACUCAUUAAGGAAGUAGACAUCAUUAAACGAUGCCAGGAAAAAAUGAGAAACACCGUAGAGAGGGCCAAUGUUCAACUAGGCUUAUGUCGAGCAGCUCAGCAUGAAUUAGAAAAGGAUUCCGGGGACAAGUUUAUUGCCCAGAAACUAGAUGAACAAUGUUUCGGCCUUAGAAACAGUUCUCGGGGAAUCGCCUUCCACAACGGAGUUCACCGAAUUGAUAAUACCGUUUCCGUGCCUGAGUCCUGGGCUAGAUUUAGCAAUGACAACAUCCAGAGGUCCCAGAGCGAAAGGGCCGCCUCCAAGGCAAUGAGGAACGAGAUCGAAAGCGUCCUCAACUCUUGUGCCAACGAGAUGUGGCAGGAAUGGAACGCCGUCAAUGUGGCAUUGAACCAGAGGAUGCAGGAAACCACAGAUGCCAGAAACAGACUCCAGACUCAUCUAUCAAAGGUUCUGCAAGAGAUCUUCGAUAUGGAGAAGAACAUUGAACUGUUGAAGAAGGCAAUUCAGGAUAAACAGGCACCAAUGCAGGUAGCUCAAACUCGUCUGGAUACCAGGAUACGCAGACCCAACGUCGAACUGUGUCGCGAUCCAGUUCAACACAGAUUGGUUGAGGAAGUUGGUGAAAUCUCAGAAACCGUCGAGUCCUUACAAGCUAAGCUACGUAUGGCCGAGAACUCCCUUCAGGAAUUGCUCCGUACCAAGGCCAGCUUAGAACAGGAUCUUUCUAUUAAGAACAACAGUUUAUUCAUCGACAGGGAAAAAUGUUUGGGCAUGCGCAAGACCUUCCCAAUGUCACCCCGAAUUGUCUCUGUUUAAAAAAUGUCAUGCUGACUCACCAUGAAUCAAACUGUUAAAGAAUAAGGAAAACUGAAAAACGAUGAUCGUAAUUAUUUUAAUUUGAAAAUGAGUAUUUGCAGCCACUCUACCACAGUACAAUAAUUACAUAUCAGUAUUAAAUAUAAUUUUUUUUACAGAUUAGGCUGUGAUACUGUAUUUUCGCCAUUUCGCAUUUCGUUAACUAGUUUUUUUUUUUAGAGUUUACACAUUGUUAUAUGUUAAAACUUGCUCUAAGUCAUUGAAUGCUUUUGAAGAGCAUGAAAAUUAUGUGUCUAUUUAUAUCACCCACUCAGUAUUGUAUUGUGUGCAAAGGAAAUUUUUUUAUAAAAAAAAAUAUUGCUAUUAUAACUUAACAUUCCGUCCAAGUGGACUUUUAUGAAUUGUAUAUAUAUACUUUAACUGUGAUAUAAGUCGGUGUCCUUUAACCUGAAAAACACGUUUAUUUAAGGUCUAAAAUUCAUUGUUUUUUGUGAUAUUAUUUAAAACAAAAACUUUAAUUCCAUUGAAAACAACCAUAGGAAUAAAGUGAGCGCAUGCGCUCUCCUAGAAACCGCACCGUGUGUACACGUAUUAUUGUUAUCAUAGUGCUAUCAUGCUAUUUAUAUUGCUAUAUUGCCAUCAUUCUUCUCUUAAUAUUGUUUUGCUCAAAUGUGAUUUUGUAUGGUUGGACACUUUGAAAUAAAGUGAAUGCAGUGUG